CCGCUUGUGAGUCGGCAUUUUAGUUGUCCAGCCUUGUCGGUAUGUACAUCCUUUUUGAUCCCUUUUUGAUAUGUUUGUUUCAGUCUGGUGCGAAUUAAAUGGGGUUUCUGCCUUUUAUUGUGUUUCCCCAUCAAGGUUUGACACGCUGGGAUGGUUUUGUUUCGGGUGUGCUGGUUGCUUCGCCUUGGUCGUGUCGCAGACCAAGUCGCGACCAACCCGCAAGCUCCUCGCCAACCGGACGCGUCAAGAUCUCUUCCCCAGUCUGCGAUUCGUGGAUCUUAUCUCAGUCAAUGGCUGGGAUGGAAAAAUGAUGAUGACUUGGUUACCCUUGCUGUUAUCAGUCGCAUAUUCAUGGAUGGAAAGGUUGCAUGUGUGUCAUCUUUUCUGACAGCUCUUUUUGUCUUGCAGAUGGGUUGGUAAAACCGCACGACAUGAAUGCCUGGCUAGCUGACGCCUCGAACCUCCCAAACCAUGAUAAUGGCGCUUUUCACCAGGCGACCAUUGAUCCCUCCGCAGCUUUCCUCCAUACCUCUCCCACU